UUCACCUAGAGAGAGCCAGAUCUGGGAGUGAAAGAGCUGCAGGGGGAGAGAAAGAGAAAGGGGUUUAUUAGAAAAGAGCGGCAGGAGGAGAGGGACCUGCUAGAAGGACGAGAGCGACUCCGCAGUCCUGCCGCUCCUCUGGUUUUUACGCACGAAGGAGCGAGACGCGCCGAGGACGAUCCGUGCGCCUUUUUCUGGAUUUCUUUAUUUUUAUUUUUUACACCAAUUUAAAUUAUUUUCAGGGAUGAGGAUCUGCGCGGAUGCUGCGCUGCUGCUGAUGCUGCUGCUGUGCACGGCUCUGUGGUGCCGGAGCGCGCACGCCGGCCACGCGCACGCCGCCCCCCCGGACCCCUGCUACGACGAGCACGGAAACCCACGCCGCUGCAUCCCCGACUUCGUCAACGCCGCCUUCGGGAAGGAGGUGCGCGCGUCCAGCAGCUGCGGCGGCCGCGCGCCGGGCCGCUACUGCGUGGUGACGGCGGCGGAGAAGGAGCGGGAGCGCGCCCGGACCUGCCACACCUGCGACGCCUCGGACCCCCGCAGGGCGCACCCGCCGUCCUACCUCACCGACCUCAACAACCCGCACAACCUCACCUGCUGGCAGUCCGAGAACUUCGUGCAGUUCCCGCAGAACGUCACGCUCACGCUGUCCCUGGGGAAGAAGUUCGAGGUGACCUACGUGUCGCUGCAGUUCUGCUCCCCCAGACCCGAGUCCAUGGCCAUCUACAAGUCCAUGGACUACGGCAAGACCUGGGUGCCGUUCCAGUUCUACUCCACGCAGUGCAGGAAGAUGUACAACAAGCCCAGCCGGGCCGCCAUCACCAAGCAGAACGAGCAGGAGGCGGUUUGCACGGACGCGCACACGGACAUGCACCCUUUGUCCGGGGGGCUGAUCGCCUUCAGCACCCUGGACGGCCGGCCGUCGGCGCACGACUUCGACGGCUCGCCGGUGCUGCAGGACUGGGUCACGGCCACCGACAUCCGCGUGGCCUUCGGCCGGCUGCACACGCACGGGGACGAGAACGAGGACGACUCGGAGCUGGCGCGGGACUCCUACUUCUACGCCGUGUCCGACCUGCAGGUCGGAGGACGGUGCAAGUGCAACGGGCACGCGUCCAAGUGCGUGAAAGACAGAGAGGGGAAUCUGGUGUGCGAGUGCAAGCACAACGCGGCGGGGCCGGAGUGCGACAGGUGCAAACCUUUCCACUACGACCGGCCCUGGCAGCGCGCCACGGCCAGGGAGGCCAACGAGUGCGUGGCCUGCAACUGCAACCUCCACGCCAGGCGCUGUCGUUUCAACAUGGAGCUCUUCAAGCUGUCGGGGAGGAAGAGCGGAGGCGUCUGCCUCAACUGCCGGCACAACACGGCGGGCCGCCACUGCCACUACUGCAAGGAGGGCUACUACCGAGACCUGUCCAAGCCCAUCUCCCACAGGAAGGCCUGCAAAGCAUGUGAUUGCCAUCCCGUGGGUGCCGCUGGCAAAACCUGUAACCAAACCACAGGACAAUGUCCCUGUAAAGACGGCGUGACUGGUAUCACGUGCAACCGCUGCGCUAAAGGCUACCAGCAGAGCCGCUCGCCCAUUGCCCCCUGCAUAAAGAUUCCAGUUUCCCCUCCGACGACCCCGGCCAGCAGCACCGUGGAGCCGUCAGACUGCGACUCUUACUGCAAAGCGUCGAAAGGCAAGCUGAAGAUCAACAUGAAGAAGUACUGCAAGAAAGAUUACGCUGUCCAGGUCCACAUCCUGAAGGCGGACAGAUCCGGCGAGUGGUGGAAAUUCACCGUCAACGUCAUCUCCGUCUACAAGCAGGGCGAGAGCCGCAUACGCCGCGGGGACCAGUUUUUGUGGGUGCGCGCCAAGGACGUGGCAUGCAAGUGUCCCAAGAUCAAAACGGGGAAGAAGUACCUGCUGCUGGGGAACAACGAGGACUCCCCCGGCCAGGGCGGGGUGGUGGCGGACAAGGGCAGCCUGGUUAUCCAGUGGAGGGACACGUGGGCGCGGCGGCUCAGGAAGUUCCAGCAGCGCGAGAAGAAAGGCAAGUGCAAGAAGCCCUAGUCGGCGGGAAAAAGAAAAAAGGUGGAGGAGGCUGGAAAAAGAGCAAAGCUGAGGAGGUGAAUGAGAGGAAAAGACGUGUGAGAGGACCACGGACAG